AACAUCGGCAAGAUCUUUCAAGAACUGAAUUCGACAGGAAGGAAAUAACAUCUAGGUGAGGUAGCGGUAUAACAUCUUCCACCGGCCCGAACAUCAUGGCUGAAGCGGAGCAACAGCAAGUGCCAGAACAGCCAAAGGCAGCACCGGCAGUCGCUAAAGUCAAGGAUAAAGAAGUAAUUGCAAGUAAGGUGACUGGCACGGUCAAAUGGUUCAACGUAAAAAGCGGUUAUGGAUUUAUUAACCGAAAUGAUACCAAGGAGGACGUUUUUGUUCAUCAAUCAGCCAUAAUCAAGAAUAAUCCAAAGAAAGCUGUCCGUUCUGUUGGGGACGGUGAGUUAGUGGAAUUUAGCGUAGUGGUGGGGGAGAAGGGCAACGAGGCCGCCAACGUCACGGGUCCGAAUGGCGAGCCGGUUCGAGGAUCCCCUUAUGCGGCAGACCGCAGACGUGGCUACCGUCAGUGGUAUUACCCGAGGGGCGGGCGCCGACCCAGCAACAGGCGCCCCCCCAAAGACAACGUGGACGAGAGCGAAGGCAAGGAGGGUGCCGCAGGUGAAGGCGGCCCGCAGGGACCACCACGCCGGUACAGACCGAGGCGCGGGGGGCGCGGAAGCUACGGAGGGGGAUACUAUAGAGGACCUUACCGUGGACCCCCAGGAGACCAGGACCAGAGUGGUGAUGCUCCCCGUGGUCGCGGACCUCCGAGAAGAUUUUUCCGCAGGAACUUCCGUGGCGGUAGAGGCGGAGGAAGACCACGAUCUCAAGACAGCCAGGGCCAGGCUGGAGAGCAGGUCGGUCAGGAUGGACCCCGUGGACCACCACGCCAACGCUACCGCAGGCGUGGUCCACCACGUCCACGUGGCGGAAACUCUCUAUCAGAACCUGGAAGUCAACAGAACACCAAGGCUCCAGAUAGCCCUGCACCUGCUAAGACUGAAGAGAGUCAGCCGGUGCAGAACACGACUACAGAGAGCAGUGCUUAGGCGCGGCAGCGCUCAAGUCCGUCACUUAUAAUCAUAAUAUGUUAACAACUUUUAGCAGACAAAAGGCAUUUCAUCGCGACUUUAUGUUAUCGUGUUAAUUUUUCGAGGGAACAUUUUGUGCGUACCAUUUCGACGCCGCUUCGCUUUCAAGACGGUUGUUGCGGAAAUAACAUUUUUGAUACUUUUUAUAUUCUCAUUGAUGUUUAUUAUAUAAGGAUGAUUUGUGAGACGUUUGAUGUAGAUAAAAAAAAAAUUAUAUAUAACGCAACCAGUUUGAAAGUGGCGACGGGCCGUUUCAUUUUUCGUCGACUCGCCCAUGAAAUGUCUUAAGACCUUAUGUCUUGCUGCAGAUUUUUCCUUCAUAACAAUAUAAAAAAAAAAUCCAACAAAAUACGCCGCCGGCCUUCGCAAGAACUUGGAGAACGGACGGCGUGCCAAAAAAAUGAUUGCAACAUCUAACUUAAGUCUUUUCCACUUGGCAACAGGAAAGGAACCUUAAAAUUUGAAAAAAAAAUUACAAAAAAAUCCGUAAAACCUAAAAGAGGAACAGUUUAUUUCUCUUGUAUUUUGCUGUUGCAGUUUUCGGGGUUAAUUUUUUCCACAGGCAUUUGUGAUGGUAAUUUCCUCUUAAAAAUCUUUGGUAUUUUUUUGGGUACUAGUCAUGUAAGUAAUUGCUGUACAUUUCAAGUCAUGUUCGACAUGCUUUGGUAUCACAGAUGUAAUUUUCGAGUUGUUUGUUUAUUUUUUACUUUCAGUUUUUUUAUAAUUUUGUACUAGCUGAUGUGAAAUGGGAAAUAAAUGUCUGUUCUCAGUGAA